UUCCUCCUUUCCAUGACUUCUGCUAAAUACAGAGGUUUUUCCAGGCUGGUCAGCUGCUGGCAGUCAGGACUUUUGGCCCAGCACAGAAAGAAGGGGAAACAAAUUAAAAAAGAAAUGGCAAGUGGCCAGAUGUCGAGGGAUGAAGCUCUGGAAUGCACUCGCUGCAGGCAUGCAUGCCAUGUGAUGCUCUACUCUGAGACGGCAUCUCAGCUGUUUGACAGGAUUCCCAUCCGGUACAUUGUACUGAUGCAGAUGCGCUUUGAUGGACUGCUGGGCUUCCCUGGUGGUUUCGUUAACCCCUCGGAGGAGACCCUGGAGGAGGGGCUUACCAGGGAAUUACUGGAGGAGUUGGGCGUGGCUGUGCCAGUUUCUAUGGAGGACCACGUGGAGUCUUGUUUUAGCCCUCCUCGUUCAGGCACCUUUCCCUCAUCCUCCCGCCUCAUCCUUCACUUCUACGUGAAGAAGAUAGAAGAGGAGCAGAUUCGGGAGAUAGAGAAAGCAGCCGCCUCAACCGCAGCCGAUCACGGUCUGGAGGUGCUGGGAAUGGUUCGAGUCCCUCUCUACACCACAAAAUCCGGCGGAGGCCUUUCAUGCUUUUUGUCGCACUCUUUCAUUGGCAUUGCUCGCUCCCAGCUGAUGAACUCUCUGCUCCGCCUCCACCUGGUGUCUCCUGGGGACCUCCGGGAAGCUCUCAGGGGCUCCCAGAGGACGCAGGCCGAGUCUGCGCAGAACCUGCAGGAGGUCUUUAAACUGACAGAGCAACCCUAAAGCAUGUCGGCAUGUGCACAUCCUGACAUAAACCCUCAUCUGAGCAGUUUGACCCUGAAACUUGCAGUUGCUCCCACACAAAACACCGAUGACUCAUCAUUGGUUUUCAGUGCGUUAGCUUUUAAGCAACACUUCAUCAUUUCCUUUACCAUUUAUGGAGACAAAUUCAGUAUCUGGUUUUUAAUCUUUCUGUCUUCUCAUUCUUUUGUAACAUAUUCUUGAUUUAACUUUGAACAGGAUUGUUGUUUUUUUUUUAAUGAAGUGCCUUAUAGCAGUACUGCUACUCUUUGGACCUUUCCAGAUUUAGUCAUGUUGCCACCACAGUAUUCAGUGAUCCUGUUGGGAUUUCAUGUGAAAAGGCCAACAGAACAGUAGAAAGGAAUAUGGUUUUCACAGAUUGCUAUGAAUAAAAAUCUAGUGAAACAAAAUGUGUUGAAGAGUCAGUGCUCCAACGAUCCAAUACCAAGUAAAUUCAGGGCUCAUGUCGCCAAUACCAAUACCGAUACCAAUAUUUAUCUCUAUCUAAUCAAACUUCUGACCGUUAGGUUUUUUUUUUUUUUCUUUGAAUAAUUUUGUUCAAGAACAGAAUGUGAAUGUGUGCAUUUUUCCGAAAGUUGAUGUUCCCCUUUACUGAUCUUAUCUAGUUCUCGUAGUGUUAAGUUGCAGCAAAGCAUUGCAUCUCUUUUUCUUUAAUCUAUCACAUGCACAUUUAAGAUUUAGCACCUUGUAUUGACAACUUGACA